AAAGAUAAGAAAAUGAGAAUCACGAUAAGGGUAGCCAAACAAGCCUUAAAGAAGUAUAUUUGUUGGCCUCCACUCUCUGAAGAACAACACAGUAGCGGCAAACAAGAAAGAGUGAAAGGACGACGCUUUGUUAUCUGGAUAAUUUGGCCGUGGCGUACUAGUAAAGCAUGAAAAUAGCUACCUGUGUUGGCAUUACACUACCGAGCUUUUUGCUUGUAAAUUGCGAGUUGUCUACUCGUACAAUAUGUAAACCCCAUUUAGCUUCUGCAUCAACUCAAUGGAUUUCAAGCAAUUGUAGAAAAAGAAUUGAACUACUGAGGAAAUUACAGUGCUCAGUCACUGUUAGAUCUUAUGCGUCAACAUCUGUGGAUUCAUCUUUGUCCAAGUCAGAUGCAAUUCUUUCGGGCCGGAAGCAAGGUAAAUCUUCAUCCUUGUAUACCCAUCCUAGCUUGUUAGAUAUGAAGAAUGACAGAAUAGAGAAUCGUGCCCGGGUUUAUGAAUUCUUACGGGGAAUUGGAAUAUCUCCUGACGAGCUUGAUGGGUUAGAGCUUCCUGUGACAGCUGAGGUUAUGCGGGAACGUGUGGACUUUCUUCACAAACUGGGUCUUACUAUAGAGGACAUAAACAAUUACCCUCUUGUUCUAGGGUGCAGUGUAAAGAAAAACAUGAUUCCUGUGCUUGAUUACCUUGGCAAAUUGGGUGUUAGAAAAUCUACAUUUACAGAAUUUUUGCGACGGUACCCCCAAGUCUUGCAUGCUAGUGUUGUAGUUGACCUUGCACCAGUCGUGACAUAUCUUCAAGGAAUGGACAUCAAGCCAAAUGAUAUACCUCUUGUGCUAGAGAAGUAUCCUGAAGUAUUAGGAUUCAAGCUUGAGGGGACAAUGAGCACAUCUGUGGCUUAUUUGGUUGGCAUUGGGGUUGCAAGAAGAGAAAUAGGUGGGGUUUUGACUCGAUAUCCAGAGAUAUUGGGAAUGCGAGUAGGUCGUGUGAUAAAACCUUUUGUGGACUAUCUGGAAUGUCUAGGAAUACCGAGAUUGGCUGUAGCAAGAUUGAUUGAGAAGAGCCCUCAGAUUCUUGGAUUUGGAUUGGAAGAAAGGAUUAAACCAAAUGUCAAGUCACUUAUAGAAUAUGAAGUUAGGGAAACAUCCCUUCCUUCUGUGAUUGCACAAUAUCCUGAAAUGCUUGGCAUUGAUCUGCCACCAAAGCUUCUACAUCAGAGAACAUUUCUUAAUACCUUGAUUGACUUGAGACCUGCAGAAUUUGGAAGAGUGGUGGAGAAGAUGCCACAGAUAAUUAGCCUGAGUAGUACACCUAUUGUGAAGCAUGUGGAAUUUCUCAAGGAAUGUGGAUUCUCCCUGGAACAAGUGAAGAAAAUGGUUGUUGGGUGUCCUCAGUUACUUGCUUUAAAUAUAGACAUUAUGAAACUCAAUUUUAAUUACUUUCAGAGCAAAAUGGGAAGAGUCUUGGAUGACUUGGUUACCUUCCCUGCUUUCUUUACCUAUGGUCUUGAGUCCACUAUAAAACCAAGACACAAAGUGGUUGCAAAGAGGGGAUUAAAGUGCUCUCUCGCAUGGCUCCUUAAUUGUUCUGAUGAAAAGUUUGAUGAAAAAAUGAGCUAUGACACUAUUGGUAUGGAGGAGAUGGACAUGGAUUCUUCAUUUGACAUGAAUUCUCUGAUGCAGCCCAGAAGUGAUGACUCAGCUUCUGACUUUGAUGAAGACAGUGGCGACGAUGAAUAUGUAUAGAAUGGUUGGUGGCGAAGUCUACUGCCUAAUUAUUGGUUUUUUGAGUAUGGAGCCUUAUAAAAAGGAUGCCAUAGAUGGAGAUCAUAAGCUUGGUUAUCAGAUGCCACCAAUCAUUGAGGUAGAUUGUCUCGAGUAGCAGGACUCUUGCUUUGCAACAAUCCUUGAUCAGUGUUACUUGUUGGCAGCUGCCUAUCAUGUGAUUCUAAUGGACUGGACUGGGCUGUGAUGCUCGUCUCCCUUAGUUAUAUCCAUGUCUGGAUUGUAACCAGUGCUAUGUACUCAACACCUAUGUAUGUAUAUACAGGAACUAGAAUAGAUGUCAGCAAUUUUGAUA